GGUGUGGAUAAAGAGAGGGUUUAUGAAAUUACGGAUUUAAAUUAUUGUUAGCAUAUAUUGACAGCGAAUGUGGAAAUCUCUUCGACAAAUUCCAUGGAGAUAACAAAACAAGACCCAUUGACAAAUGAUAGUAGACCCUCCACGUAUUUUUGAGGGAUUUAUUACCUUAUCCAGCAAAUGUGGAAAGCUCUGUAAUUUGGUAUUAAUUUAUCAUAGGGCAUUUUGAGAUGAGCUUUAUGAUAUGUGUAUAUAUGUGGGUGUGUUGCAUGGAUGUAUAUAUGAGCGAAGGAGGUGAGGUUUUGAUUGAUGAAGGAGAAGGGAAUGGAGAAAGUGUCUGUUAGUUGUGGAUGUGAUUAAGAGGAGUUGUUAGUCUCUGUCUUACCCCUGAAAUCUCUCUUUUGUUCACCGCAUUUUUCUCAUCAUCUCCAUGUUUCCCCCAAAAAUAAGGAUCUCUCCUUCUUACCUACUCUGCCAUUUUCUCUCCUUUUCUCUUUCUUUCUUUUACUCAUUUCUUUUCCUUUUCUAUCAGGCCUCUCUCUCUUUCUCUCAACCACAAUAUGGCAAACUCGGCAUCUGGAAUGGCAGUACGAGAUGAAUGUAAGCUGAAGUUUUUAGAGCUAAAAGCAAAGAGAAACUAUCGGUUCAUCAUUUUCAGGAUUGAAGGACAACAAGUGGUGGUUGAUAAACUUGGAAGCCCUGAAGAAACCUACGAGGAUUUCGCUGCUUCUCUCCCUCCCAACGAAUGUCGUUAUGCUGUUUAUGAUUUUGAUUUCAUUACCGACGAGAAUUGUCAGAAAAGCAAAAUCUUCUUCAUUGCCUGGUCUCCUGAUACAUCAAAGGUAAGAAUGAAGAUGGUGUAUGCAAGCUCCAAGGAUAGAUUCAAGAGAGAAUUAGACGGGAUUCAAGUCGAGUUGCAAGCAACUGACCCUAGCGAAAUGAGCCUUGACAUUGUAAAAGGUCGAGCUCUUUAAAUGUCGCCAAUCUUCAUCGACAUUAAGCAAGAGCCUUUCUUAUCAAUCAUUCACAUUUUCUCAGAAAUCUUUCUUUGUAACUUGUCUCUUCUUUCUCUGAUCUUUUUGUUUCUCUUCUUUUUUCUUCGGUUGCAUUGACUUGAUUUAUACUUAACCAUAUAGUUUAAUGUAAUAUAUUAUGCAAUUCUUUUUUGAACA